AUGUGUCAAGCCUUUCCCACUACACUUAAGGGAUUGGUAAAAGUUUGGUUCAAUAAGCUGAAGCCAAGAACCAUCGACACCUUCAAAGAACUGAGUAAGCAGUUUGUGAGCCACUUCAUUGUAGGUCAGAGGCAUAGGAGGUCAGCCACCUACUUGUUGACUGUGAAACAGCAAAAGGGAGAGUCGAUCAGGGAAUACAUCACCCGAUUCAACACAGAGAUGCUCAUGGCAGAGUUGUUGAUCAAAGCGCAGAAGCACAUGAACAUUGAAGACACCAUGAAUGCACGGAAGGGAAAGGAAGGGAGGACAAGAAGAAGUCAUCCACAAGCGCCAGGGAUGAAAAGGAUACCAAAUAUAAGAGAUCAUUCUUCAGCCAAAAUCCAAGACGAUGCGUCUUUGAAAUGGCUACAGAGGAUGAAGUCUGAUCUAGCGAAAAGAUCUCGAGAUAAGUAUUGCAAGUUCCAUCGGGAUCAUGGGUACACUACGGAUGAUUAUUUUGACUAUAAGAAUCAGAUUGAGAAUCUGAUUCAAAGGGGUUACUUACAAAAGUUUGUUGCCAAUGAAGGGACAAACCCUAAUAAGCGCAUUCUGGGGUAG